AUGGCCCCCGAAUGCCUGGUGGCUGUUUACCGGGCUGUGACCCUCUGCUUGGCGCUUUUGAAUAUUUCCAUCUUUGCAGCUCCAAUGCGGCCGUUCGUAGAACCUCUGGUUAUUGAUACCUUUGACGUACCCGGAUCCAACAACCUCGGAGGAUGGGCCGGGCCAGAUGAAGGAAUGCCGGCCGAAUACGGUCCUGGAUACUUGCAUCUUACUCCAUCAGAUCCAGAUAUGAACUUCCACACCAGACUCGGCCCUUACUGCUUGGAUAUGUCGGAGUACAUGAACAUGUAUCUCCACAUCUCUUUCUCCGGCACCGAUAAGUUCACAGUUUCUCUUACGCAGAACAACGAAUGGUGUGAUCAAACCAGAGCCCCUUAUCCCGAAACGUGGGACUCUCUCGAAGCAGCGCGUUACUCUGCCGGUGGGCACAUUUACAUGCCGCUUCACCACUUCAACAUCGAUUUCUCCCGGGUUAACUCUGUCGCCUUCAACGGUUUCUAUACCAGGGAGCCGGCGAUACUGUAUAAGGUUGAGAUCACGUCUGAUGUGCCUGAGGAUUUUGAGGUUCCAGUCAAGCUUCCUAGUGGCACAUUGGCUGUCAAAUGCAAGCGACCCAAUUCCUUUGCCUUUGGGAUCGAUGAUGGUCGUCCAGAGUUUGCACAAGAAGUGAUCCAGAUAUUAGAGGAAGAGCAUAUCAAAGUUACCUUCUUCACAGUCGGAAAUGGGCUGCUAGAUCAGACGUCAAAUUUCACGGAAACAUACCGUGACAUGUUGUCCCGUGGUCAUCAGGUCGCUUUGCACACAUUCUCUCACCCUGCGGUGGAAGGACUUUCCUCGCUUGAAGAGAUUGAUUCAGAAAUAACCGAAAACAUCAAGGUCAUGAAAGAGCAGUUGGGAAUUGAGAGCCGAUAUUUCCGACCUCCGUUCGGUGUCGUUGGUGCAAGGACUAGGCAGCGACUCGCCGAACAUAUUGAAAAUCCGUACAUCAUCACUUGGAGUGUCGAUAUUGAAGACUGGCUUUGGGCGCACUCACCAACUCCCGAGAAGCAGUAUGAAGCUUUCAAACGGGAUCUCGAAAAGGGUGGUGAUCUCGCUGUCAUGCAUUUCUUGCAUCGCUCCACGGUUGAUUAUUUCAAAGACGUCUUUCAGCUUGUCAAGGCAAGUGGCAAGCAGAUCAUGAGGGUAGAUCAAUGCAUGGAGGACCCGGAUGCUCCUCCGUUGAAGGACAGCUCAUGA